GUCCACACCUCUACCCAGCCACUAACGCCUCGGCGACCGGAAGCCCUUUUGCCCCCACUCGCUGGCCUACCACGUAGUUUAGAUGGAGACGACGUGGUGACGUGGAGAGACCUCUGCGCACGGAGUCACAGUGCUUGGGCUGGUCAGGGUGCUGCCUGUAGCUGUUGUAAUAGCAGAAGGGGCGUGUUUGCUGUAUCUACUGCAAGUUUGGCAGGUGAAGAGUCAGCUCUUGGUCUAAUAUACUAUGAUUAUCUUGAAGAUUAGUGCUACUAUAUGUCUGGCAUGGAGUAGGCUGUCCCUAGAUGGGUGCUAUAUCAAUAGUCAUGAUGAUGAUGAAGAAGAAUUCUGUAGCUACUGAAGACUUUGCUAAAAGGGACCAGAACACAUGAAAUGCUGACGUGCUGGAUACGACAGCAAGGAGUAGUCUGCAAGACCAGGGUUUCUGGUAGGUCCUGUUUUAGGACGAGAUGCAGUACUGUUGAAACGCCAAUCUGCUUUGAUCCACAGACAGUUGGCUUUUCAGCUGGGAAGCCUUUUUUUGGCAGCUUACUGAACUUAUGAAACAAUGGCAGAAGGAGAGACAGAGUCACCUGGGCCCAAGAAGUGUGGCCCCUAUAUUUCAUCUGUCACUAGCCGGAGUGUGAACUUGAUGAUUCGAGGAGUAGUGCUGUUUUUUAUCGGAGUGUUUCUUGCAUUAGUGUUAAAUUUACUUCAGAUUCAGAGAAAUGUGACGCUCUUUCCACCUGACGUGAUUGCAAGCAUCUUUUCUUCAGCAUGGUGGGUACCACCGUGCUGUGGCACAGCUUCAGCUGUGAUUGGGUUAUUAUACCCCUGCAUUGACAGGCAUCUAGGAGAACCACAUAAAUUUAAAAGAGAGUGGUCCAGUGUAAUGCGGUGUGUAGCCGUCUUUGUUGGUAUAAAUCAUGCCAGCGCUAAAGUGGAUUUUGAUAACAACAUACAGCUGUCUCUCACCCUGGCCGCACUUUCCAUUGGCCUGUGGUGGACUUUUGAUAGAUCUAGAAGUGGUUUUGGCCUUGGAGUAGGAAUUGCUUUCUUGGCAACCUUGGUCACUCAACUGCUGGUCUAUAAUGGUGUUUAUCAAUAUACAUCUCCAGAUUUUCUCUAUGUUCGUUCUUGGUUACCAUGUAUAUUUUUUGCUGGAGGCAUAACAAUGGGAAACAUUGGUCGGCAACUGGCAAUGUAUGAAUGUAAAGUUAUUGCAGAAAAAUGUCAUCAGGAAUGAAGAAGGCAAAAAUAUAUCUUUUGUACAGAAAAACAAGAUGAAAAAGGCAUGUAAAUGAUUUAUACCAACAAAACUUCAGACUGUAAAAUUGCCAGGAUGCAGUUUUCCCUUGAUUGGUGUGUGUGUGAGUAUGUAUGCACAUGUACAUAUACACACGUGCGUAUAUUACUGCAAUCUGUGAUUGCUUCAUCUGUAAACCAGUUACAAACCUUUGUGUAUUUGACUUAAAUAAUUGUAAAAUAUAUAUGCAUUACAUUAAAAAACAUGUUGAUUAAUAGAGGAAAUUUUUAAAUUAAUUUUUUAAACAUACCAUAUAUUGUAUCACAAUGUUGAUCUGCCAAAAUAUUCUGUUGUUGUCAUGCAGAGUAUAAGAAUGCUUUGAACAAUUUAUAAACUUAGUGGAAUAAAAUAAGAGGAAAGCCAAAAAAAAGCAACUGAAAAGCUGGUAUAUUCUCUCUCACUUACUGUUGUGCCUUUUUAUUUUUCUAAUCACAGCAGUGUGAGUUAUGUGUGCCCUAAUGUGUGGUUUAACCAGAAUAAAUAUGUUUUAGAAAUACAAAAUGAUCUUCUGUAGUGCCACAAAGUGUUUAGUGAUAUUAACUGUCUUUUGCAAUACAGUAUUCCACUACUUUUGCACAUGGAACACAUAAGAAACCCCAAACAGAUCAAGAUGAAGUUUCUAAUUCUCUUAGGUUCUGUCAUCUCUUGGGUUCUAUAAAGCAAACCACUUUGGCUGGGCUGGGUCAUGUGACUGGUUGUCAAUGGAAUGCCAUCCAGGGAUGGGUGGGCACAUAAUUUCUUAUGAAUUCGUAUGCCCAUUAAUGAACAGUUCAAGCCUGUUUAAGACUGUAUUGAGAUGGCAUAUUGUACAUUUUAAAGAUCUUGAUAACAGUUUUCUAACAAGUAGAGCCUUUUAAGUAUGGUUUAAACAUAUCCUUAGUUAACUUUUUUCCCAAUUUUUAUUUUUUGAAAUUGAUAGCAAUUGUCUGAUACACAAGGGUGAAAUCUUCUGCUUCCUCUGGGUGUGUGUGCGUGCGCUAUGCUGGACUGAGAGAGAGAGAGAAUGUAUAUGUAUAUAUGUAUGUGCAUGUGUCAGUGCUUUCUUAAUAUGUCAAAUAGAUAUUUUUAAAUUUUUGGUUUUAAAACCAUUGCUGUCAGGCUGAGAUCUCAUAUGCCAAACUUUAAUCUGUUUUUACGUUUUAAGGCUGAAAGUGUGGAAAUUCUGAGAGGAUUUCAUAUUGAAUAUGUGUAUACAAUCUUAACUAUAGUGGUGGUAAACAUUCUACUAUAAUUUAUUAUUCUACCUUCCAGAUAAUGUUAUUCAUAUAGAACAAAUAAGGUAUAUUUUUAGAAUCAACUUUGUAAGCACUAUAAAUCUUUAAGUUAUAAGAUCUAUGAUGUGUUUACUUUGAAAAUUGCUGUUAAAAGCAAGAUGUAUUAAAUAUAUAAUUGUUAUCUUG